AUGUUCCCACCCGCAUAUACGUUGACCGUCUUGGUCCUCACACUGUUACAAUUCUCAUUCGACAAGAAUUUCAGAAACGUAUGUGAGAAAGAAGGACUCGGCCAGGUGGGUAACAUAAUAUCUUAAUCUUAUGGGUUUCCAGACAAAUGCGACCUCGGCCUGUCAGAAUAAUCGGGAUAGGAAGGAAAUACGGCAGCUAAAUGAUAAUGAACUGACCUACUUCAUCAAUAUUUAUAAUGAAAACCUUUUGAAUAACAACACUCAACAAUGGGGCGAUGAAAUCAGCGAGUUGGGAGUUGUACAAAUGUAAGUUAUACACGUCUUUUUACAAAAAAAAAACAUUUUUAAGAUUCGACGAAUUACUGGAGAAAAAACUAAAAACUCCUUAUUGGGAUUACCGGAUAGACCUAAAUCUCUCAGAUCCUUCAUCAGGAGCCAUCUGGGAUGAUCCCCGAUUCUCCAAAGUCUCCGAGGCUGUAGACGCUCAAUGGCUUGCCGAAUUUAUAAACAACGAUAUACAAGAGGACUCAAAUGAUUUCUUCGACGACCCUAAUAUUGAUCUAUGGAAAAGAAGAGCAGAAGCAUUAAAUGCCAUGAGAAAGGUAAAAGGAAACGAUGUCUUCUGGCAUCUCUUAAUUCUGGUAUCUAUUGAAACGGGGAUUGAUCAGCAACGGAUAAUCAUCAAUAAGACAAACUGUGCGGAGUAUCACACGCUUUACUGGAACGGAACACAUUGCACGUCGUACCUUCGAGAUGGAGCUCACUGUCUUUCGAACAGCGAGUGUGUUACCAAACAAUGUAACAGACAAGUAUGUGGAGUUAAAAAACUUAUAACAACUACCACAUCAACCACACCAUCGCCAACUCCGCAGUCCUUUACUACUUCAUACAAAAUACCCCCAAUCGUUUAUCCAACCCAGUCCAAUCUAGCAGAAAAUGCGACUAAUCUAGCCGAAAUCAGUCACAAGAAUUUUCCAUGGAUGACGACAGAAUUCUUGGCCAAGGAGUUAGAACCCCCACCCAAAUUUACCCUAUCAAAAAGCCAGAAAUCAGAAAAGAAAAAGAAAUCCAAGAAAAGGAAACAUAAGAAAGGAAGGACUACUGUGGCUACAACGGAGCCUACUUUCUAUGAUCAGAUACCUCCAACAACUCUGGAGACAGCCCCGACGUUACCUGGAACUUCGCCGCCUGAGGCACUAAACGAAACCAACACUCCAAUUGAACCUGAGAGAUAUGAAGCAGAUACUCUUGAUGCGCUCCUAGUCUACAUGCCCAAGGCAAAAGAACCUGCAGGCAUGAUCCCCUGGACCAAUCGGAUGCCCUUUCGAAUGGCUUAUUUUUCAUUUACGAUCAUCGAAGGAGGUCUGGGGAAGAAUCGGAAACUUAAAGAAAAGGGAGCCAGGAGAUCCAAAGGGGCUAGAAUUUAUGUUAAAGGAUUAGAUAUGCCCUCAGGGUAUAAGCAAGUAACACAGGUAGGUCGUCUUGGAUUAUAACAAUUCUAUAAUCUCAGGGAAAACAGCUUCGGAAUGGAAUUGGAGCGUUGGCAAGAACUCUCCAUCCAGAUAAUAAUGGACCUUUCGUCGAGUUCAAAAUGAGAGUCGAGAACAGAUAUGGGAUCGCUUGCAAACAGAUGUGUCUGGAUUCCCAUCAAAGAUACAGAAGAUGUGCAAGGAAAACGAUCAGACUGAGUCCUUACAAACGGUUCGGAGAUCCAAUUCCCUAUUAUGACAGUGAGCAUCGAUCAGUGGAGGGUCAAUUCACAGGUAA